CUGACUAAUGAACUAAUGAAACUUUCAUCUUAUGGUUGGUACUGGGGUCCCCUCUCGAAGAAAGCAGCAGAGGCCAAACUCUCCAAACUGGCCGAUGGCUCCUUCCUGGUUAGGGACAGUUCAGAUGAUCGACACCUCCUCAGUCUCAGUUUCAGAUCAUUCGGUCAGACACUGCACACUCGCAUCGAGCACUACAACGGCAUGUUUUCAGAUGUGAAUGUAAAUGAAGUUGGAUUCAAAUCUGUCGUAGAGCUGAUUGAGAAUUCCAUGUCUGAUUCCAAACAGAAUGGAGUGUUUUGUUAUUCUAGGGUUAGAUCAAAUGCAAAUUCCAGAACAUUCCCUGUAUGUCUCAUGAGGCCAGUUUCGAGGUUCAGUCAAAUUUCAACCCUUCAGCACAUGUGCAGGUUUGUGUUGAGACAGAGAGUUAGAUUGGAUCACAUUGAAUUGUUACCACUACCUCAUAUUAUCAGGUCCUGGCUCUUAGAGACAGCCUAUUGA